GGAAACACUUGUCAUGUCUCUUAGGGCUUCCCAAACCCUCCUACCCGUGGCGCGUGCGUGGCCGUGCACAGGCUCGGCGCGCAAACUUUGUUCAGACGGCAUCUCGACGAAUUGGUGGAACUCUGUCCGACUUACUCCUCCGUUUCGACCAAGUUUAACCAGCAGACAAAAUGGGCCGUGUCCGUACGAAGACCGUCAAGCGCGCUUCCCGCGUCCUCAUCGAGAAGUACUACCCCCGUCUUACUCUCGACUUCCACACCAACAAGCGCACCUGCGAUGAGGUCGCCAUCAUCGCCUCCAAGCGUCUCCGUAACAAGAUCGCCGGUUUCACCACCCACUUGAUGAAGCGUAUUCAGCGCGGACCCGUCCGUGGUAUCUCCUUCAAGUUGCAGGAGGAGGAGCGCGAGAGGAAGGGGUUGAGGGCGGGGACUCACCAGUACACUCCUGACGUCUCUGCCCUCGACACCUCCGCCACUGGUGGUCUUGAGGUCGACCCUGACACCAAGGAGUUGUUGAAGCAGAUGGGUUUCGACAACAUCCCCGUCACCGUUCAGGCCGUUUCCCAGCACCAGCAGCAGGAGCGUCCUUUCCGCCGUCAGCGCCGCGACUAA